AUGGACCUAACAGAUGAGACGAGAGUCAUAGACGAACUCUUUAGGAAGGUUCGCUUCGACGAGAUCCUCGAGGACCUCAAGGUGCUCGGGGUCGAUGUGCGCGAGCAGACCCUCAAGAAUCCUACCACGGAGGAGGCUCUGGGCCUCUACGGGCUCGCAAUACAGGUCAUAUUCGGGAAAACGCGCACCGACAUACGCCCGGAGGAUGUCUACUCGCAAAUCCAUGUCUACAGCUCCGGCGUAGAGGGCCUUGAGAUCACCAGCGAUAACUUGGACUUCCUCAAACGCGGAGUUGGGAACCUGCGCUUCUGGCGCUACUGCCAGAAACUGCACGAGACGCUGGGACUGCCGGACAUCGAACGGUACGAACUGUUCAAUCCCACUCCGGAGUCAUUCCACCGAUUCAUAUCGGCGUUCGUGGUCUACCUGAGAUUCAGAGAGGCCUUGAAGAGCCUGUUCGAGGAUGCCAUCGCGCGGCUGAACUUUUGCGCGGAGCAGGAGGAGCAGCUGGAGGACAACAUCGGCAAGGUGCAGCAGGAGCUACAGAACUUCAAGCGCCUCAAGGACGAAAAUGCAGACGAUAUAGUGAGGAGUGCCGGUGACAGGGAGCAUUUGGAGGGGCUGCUGCUGCAGGCGAAGAGCGUUUUCAACGAGCACAAGGAGGAAAAGGCGAAGCUCGAUGCGGAUAUCAACCGCGUCAAGCAAACAAUCAACGACGUGCAGCUGAAGAAAACUAAAGCGAGGCAUCGUAAUGAGAUGCUCUGUGAGCAGAUAGUGUCGGAGCCGGACUCCCUGCACGCCCAGAAGGACGAACUGGAAGCGCAAGAGGUCGUACAGAAUGCCACCUUAAAGAACCUCACCGAAGAAUUCGAUGAGGCCAAACGACGAUUCAGACUCCUUGAGGAUUGCAGCCAUUACGUCGAGGGUGUGAAAGCUAAAAUGGCGCGGCACCUGGACGAGGUCUUGAAGCCGCUGGCCGAAAACCUGAGCGCGUCCAGAACGUUGAAGGCCAGGAACGAAACUCUGCAGCAGCAAAUCAGUCGUCAAAAGGAGCAGCGCGACAGUGCCCGAGCUGAGCUCACUGCAAAGCAGCAGCUCAACGAGGAGAAGAGACGGCUAUUGCAGGAGGCGGCAGACAAUGAGCUCAAGGCCGCGCGCAAGUUCUCCGAGGACACGCAUAACGAAGUUGUGGAGAUGCAACAGGCAAUAUCGCAGGAAAAGAAGAAGGUGGAAUCGUUGAAGCAUGACCUUGCGGAACGUGAGGAGAGGGUCACUGCAGUUUUUAGCGCCGCUCAGGCCAGCUGGAAGAAGGUGACUGACGCCGCGGAUUCCUACGCGCAACGCAUGGACGAAAUCAUGGACAACGUGGAAAAGGUUAUACAGGAAGAAUGA